AAUAAAUGGACUGAUGCGUGAUGUAGGGACUAAGUAAGGAAUGGUAAUGUCUUUUGUGGCAAAUACUGUUGUACUUUCAAGGGAUACGGUCGGACUGCAACAAUGAGGAUAUUGAUAAUUCACGCAUGCCUAUUGGCCGCUAUGUUCCUGACUUCCCUCGCUGAUGAUGACGAUGAUGAUGCGGAAUUCGAGCUCGUUACAUCGGUAGAAAGUUUCGGCGAAUAUUAUGAUAAAGGUAAAGCCUCAUCUGGCCUGUGUAGCGGGCAGGGCCUGAAGGGCGGGUGGUCGUACUCCCAUCUGCAGGGAUCCUGUAACCAGUACCUCCACUGUGCUGAGGAUAGAGCCUUCAUCCAGACAUGCGCGGCGGGCACGUUUUACGACGGAAAGGAAUGUCGUCAUGCCGACGAAGUCAUGUGCCCUGCAGAUCCUUGUCUUCGGAAACCUCAUGGAUUUACGUAUACAGACGGACAGAGUUGUUACGGAUUUUACCAGUGUAUCAAGGGAAAAUCCCGAUACCUUACUUGUAAUGACGGUUUCUACUUCAAUCCCUACAAACAGGGCUGUUUUCCAGACGCAACUUGUCACAAGAACAACCUCGUACACCCCUGUGCUUUCGGAACCACUUUGCCUUUUCCUGGCCGCCCUAAUCUGUUCUACCUGUAUAACGGACACAAGACCAUGACCCCCAUGAAGUGUCCCAGGGGGACGUGGUACCGGCCCGAUAUCUGUACGUGUGACUGGAUCAUCCCAGGAAAAGUGGAAAAAGCAGGCUGCAAACCGAUGUUCCAUUUCAAAUACAAUGGAAACUUCCUGGAGCGAUAUAACCGUGUACAACAGAUGCCCACUACCGGAGUUGUACUUUUCCGGAAGUCAGUGCUCUUUGAUCAUGGCGGCAAAAUCCUCAUCUGGGCGAUGAACAACAUGGACCUUGAUGGAGAUUUUUCGUUCUGUUUUGAGUUUAUGGUUAAGUCUUUCGAAGGAGAAAUCGCCCUUUUGUCAAAUGACUUUGAGGAUAUUCAUUUCACAUACAAAUUAACCUUUAUUCCAUCUUUGGGAGUAGUUAAAGCGUAUUUCGUACUCAGAGACGGAAGUGUAGCAACGCUUGACGUUAAUGGCGUGGAUCCCAUGCAGCCUCAUUUUGUGAGGGUCGCUAAAUCAGACGACAGGCUAAACAUGAGAAUUGACAACUCUUCACCAGCUCUUGUUCAUUUACACACUGGUAUAGCGACUGGAAAGAGUCCUAUGGUGAUUGGUGCUGCUAAAGGCUGCUCCAACUUCGUGGGAUAUUUUGAUGAGCUGAAAUUCUUUCGUUGUAAUCCUACAAACUUUUUCGGUGACUACGAAGAAGAAUACAACCAUGAUCAUGAUGAUGAUGACGAUGACCAUGACGAUUUUGAUGAUGACAGAUAAAAAUGUCGGCAAAAAGUCGCGAAGCACCAAGGCAUAUCACGUUUGCCAUUAUUGUCUUUUUUGGUCGCAGCAAGACCAGUUGUUGGAACCAGUGCAGCGGAGAGAGCAGAAACCAAAGACACAAAUCGAUUGAUUGGACAUUGUAGAUAUCACACACAUGCUUAUUGUAUUUGUUUACUUCUGAAUAUUUGUAUAUUCAAACGUUUGGCAGAAUGGUUGCAAGUAGAAAACUGUGCAUUUAUGUCUUGAAUGAAGUCAAUGUACGUUUCUAUGAACAGGAUUACUUAGCAUGACGAAAUAUAACUAUAUUUUACACAUAGCUAGAACUAGAGAUAUGUAGAUUUUAAAAGAUAACUACAAUGUACAUCAAAAUAUUUUUUUUAAAUUUUGUUGAUAGGGGAGUAUGCAUAAACAUACAAUUUUAUUUUAUUUAUUCAUUUAUUUAAUUUACGAGGACAGUGUUGUCUCCAGU